AUGAAAUUUCGAACUGUGACGAGUGAAUGCUUCUUACGUGAUGGCGUAACCACAGUUCAAGUAAAAUUUCUAGAGAAAUGUUCAAGGCUCCAACUCUAUGUUGCAAGAACCCCAGCACCAGCACUGUUUGUCCGAGAAUGGAUUCAAGAAUUCAAGUUGCUUGAAGAAACAAAUGGAAUCUUCAAGACGUCGACUGCAAUGAAAGCUUCUCAAGAAGAAGUCAAAAAUAAGCUGAACCAGAUUCUAGAAACUCACAAGGUCGUAUUUGAAGACUCCAUCGGGAAGUUGAAUGGAAUCAAGGCAACCUUAAAUCUGAAGGAAAAUGUUCAGCCCAUGUUCCUUCGUGCUCGUCAAGUUCCAUACGCACUCAAGGAAAAAGUCUUUGCCGAAUUGGACCGACUAGAAUCGGAAGGUAUUCUGACCGAAGUCAAUGUCAGUGAAUGGGCUACUCCCAUAGUUCAUGUGGUAAAGCCCAAUGGGACAGUCAGGAUAUGUGGAGAUUUCAAGAGGACCAUCAAUCAACACUUAGUCGUAGAUCAGUAUCCUCUACCAGUGGUUGAAGACAUUUUCGCGAGAUUAUCUGGUGGUCAGAAAUAUACAAAAAUUGACCUCCGGCAAGCAUUCCUUCAGAUGGAAGUGCAUGAGAGGUCCAAGCAUUUGCAAACUAUCAAUACAGAAAAGGAACUCUUCCGGUAUAACAGGAUGGUGUUUGGUAUUGCUCCCGCACCUGCGAUCUGGCAGCGCACCAUCGAACAAGUUCUACAGGGUGUUCCUAUGACACAUGCAACGCAAGACGACAUAUUAGUGAGUGGUACUACUGAAGAUGAUCAUCUCGAAAAUCUUUCGGAAGUCCUCAAGCGUCUGGAAUCGUUUGGACUAAAAGCAAACCUGCAGAAGUGCUCCUUCUUCCAGUACAGCAUUGUGUACUGCGGAUACAAGAUCAGCAGCGAAGGUUUACACAAGACCCAAGACAAGAUCCGUGCUGUACUUGAAGCUCCAGCACCGCAAAACGUCAGCCAGCUGCGUUCCUUUCUUGGGCUAAUCAACUACUACGGAAAAUUUAUUCCCGACAGCGCAAACCCUUUGCGACAUUUGCACGCACUUUUGGAAAAAUCUGCAGUAUGGAAGUGGACAAAAGACUGCAAAGUAGCCUUCCAAAAAGCUAACGGAAUUAUUGCGUCUGACACAGUCCUUGUGCACUACAAUCCACAGCUACCACUCCGUCUCGCUUGUGGUGCCGGACCACAUGGUCUCGGCGUAGUUCUUUCUCACAAAAUGCCUGAUGGGACGGAAAGGCCAAUCGCAUUUUCCUCGCGAACCCUUAAAACGGCAGAAAAGAACUACUCACAAAUUGACAAAGAGGUCCUGGCCAUUGUCUGGGGAGUACAGAAGUUCUACGCUUAUUUAUAUGGCAGACAUUUCAGACUUAUAACGGACCAUCAACCGUUGACGCAGAUCUUCUCGCCAAUGAAGGGUAUACCUGCAAUGCAAGCAGCACGUCUCCAGCGCUAUGCUCUCUUUCUCUUUCUCUCCGGCAUGGACUACGACAUAGUGUAUAAGAGGUCAGAAGACAACGGCAAUGCAGACAGUUUGUCACGGUUACCUCUACCGGAUGUUCCACCGGAGGGCCCAUAUGAAGCUGAGCUUUACCAUUUAAGCCAAUUUGAGCAACUUCCUGUUACUCAUUCACAACUGCGAGACGCAACCCGACGAAAUGUUAUUCUGUCCAAGAUAUAUUGGAAUGUCAUGAAUAGCUGGGACAGUUCUAACUCGGACGAAGAUCUUGUGCCUUACAUCCGACGCAAAGAUGAACUAUCUGUGCAACAAGGAGUUCUGACAUGGGGCACUCGCAUCGUCAUUCCCGCGAAACUCGUAGAGUCAAUUCUUCACGAGCUUCACCGUGGUCACAUGGUAAUCGUUAAAAUGAAAGCUUUGGCACGAUCCUACGUAUGGUGGCCAAACAUCGAUCGUGACAUCUCAGCGUUUGUCCAGACACUCGAAUCAAGCCUGAAAUCUAUGCAGGGGGAAGGGAGUAUCCACGAGAAUCUCGCAAAGUUCCUUAUUGCAUAUCGCACUUGCCCCCACACAACUGGAGAAACUCCAUCUAAACUCUUCCUGGGACGCGAAAUUCGCACCCGCCUGUCACUUAUCAGGACAAGUGUUCAAUACAGUAUACGAGACAAGCAAGAUAAAUUAUGCGAGCGAAACCAUGGAAGAGAACAUUACUUUGAACUGGGACAACAUGUUUCUGUUCGUGACUACAGAGGAACUGAUAAGUGGACCACUGGUCUUGUCCUCAGACGCCACGGACCAUUGUCCUAUGAAGUAAAGGUUGGUGACAAAAUUUGGCGCCGGCACAUCCACCAGCUGAAACCGGGUACCUGCGAACGCCAAGACGCCCGAGAAGAAAACUGCAGACCACCUUCAAAUGACUCUGUUGCUCCAGAGCCCAUGGUAGCGGAUCGACCACACCAACCAGAAGCAGAAGUUACUCCUCCGAGCGGGUUGCACACAACUCCUGAGAAUGUGCACGCUCCGAAUACAGCAGUCCCUGAUCUAGGAAAUGGAAAUGCACAAGUCGCAAAGACGCCCCGUCCCCAACGAAAAAGAAGACCUCCGGAAAGGCUUAUUGUGGGACUGGACUAA